AAAUUUUCUUCUUUCUUUCAGGCAUUGAUUUUAAAGUAAAACCGGUAACACUUAAUGAUACAAGAGUGAAACUUCAAAUAUGGGAUACUGCUGGCCAGGAACGAUUCCACACGCUUAGUACUAGCUAUUUUCGGGGCGCCCAAGGCUUUGUUCUUGUAUAUGACAUCACAAAUCCGGACAGUUUUCAAAGUAUAACAAGCUGGAUGAACGACAUACAUGAGAAAGCAGGUGAUGAAGUGGACGUAAUACUGUUGGGCAACAAGUGUGAUAAGGAGUCAGAACGUGUAGUUCCAAAACAGAAAGGAGAAAAGCUUGCUUGGGAGCAUGGAAUACCCUUUUUUGAAACCAGUGCUAAAGAUAAUGUGAACAUUGAGCAUGCGUUCUCAGUCUUGACUAAGGAAAUACUGGAAAAG